AGCAGUUUCUCAGUGCACACAAAAUAUUGGAUGUCUGCGGUAAAGCCAUGGCAGCUGAUGAUAAAGUUGCCAUUUUAACAGACGACGAAGAGGAACAGAAGAGGAAGUAUGUGCUUGCUGAUCCCUUCAAUGGCAUUGCCAAGGAUGCAGACCUGCAGCCCCAGAAUGAAUCCCCUUCGACAGAGACAACCACUGUCCCGGAUGAAGAGCUGGACUGGCUAGAAAAGCACUGUGUCAAAAUAAACAACGAUCUUCUGAUCUCAAAGGUCUUCUAUUUUUUCUUCUAUUCUGCAUAUGGCUCUCUCUACCCGCUGCUGCCCGUGUAUUACAAGCAGCUGGGCAUGUCACCCAGCCAGAGCGGACUUCUGGUGGGCAUUAGGUACUUCAUUGAGUUCUGCAGUGCCCCAUUCUGGGGGGUGGUGGCAGAUCGCUUUAGGAAAGGGAAGAUCGUCCUUCUCUUUUCACUGCUAUGCUGGGUUUUGUUUAACCUGGGGAUUGGAUUUGUUCGACCAGCCACCUUACGGUGCCUACCAAAGGGCCUUCCCCCAGCGCAUCCUACCAAUGCAAGCAGCCAUUUAACAACAGUUCUGCAAAAUGCAUCACUUUCUUCCCUGCUUGUCACAGCAAAUAUCACAUCCCAGAAAGUCCGUGGGAGGAGAGAUCUCUUCACCUCCAACCCAGUCACUUUGGAAACAACAGGGACAGCUCGGCCUGAAAUCACAUUCCUGUUACCUACUCAAAGCACCAACAUGGAUUUUGCCUUGGAAAACAGCACCCAUUUCAUGUCAAAAAACACGACCACUAGCCCAGUCUCACCAGGAAAUAUGUCUCAGAGAAGCACUCCAGCUGCCAGCACCACAAAGCCGAUGCCGUCAGACCAAGCUGUGCUUGUCUAUGAUCAUCAAGAAGUAGAAGCCAUCUUCCUCCUCAUUCUUCUGGUUGUCAUCAUAGGAGAGUUUUUCAGUGCUUCCUCCGUUACUAUCGUGGACACGGUAACUCUGCAAUACCUCGGCAAACACAGGGACCGCUAUGGGCUGCAGCGUAUGUGGGGUUCUCUGGGCUGGGGGCUGGCCAUGCUCUCUGUGGGCAUUGGCAUUGACUAUACCCAUAGCGAAGUGGCCAUUGAAGGGCAAGGAUGCAAAGCCCCCGAGUACAAGAACUACAGGAUUGUCUUCAUAGUUUUUGGCGUUCUGAUGACAAUGGCAUUAAUUGUGGCCACCCAGUUCCGAUUUCAUUAUGUGCACUUCAAGCAAGAUGAAAAUAAGAGAAAAGAAGUAGAGAUAUCGCAGGUGGACAGAAACACCUCCAACGAGUCCUCUGAUAACACCCCCACUAGCGUGAGCCAGUCGCAGUCUUUCAGUUUUUGGGAUCUGAUAAAGCUGCUGUGUAGUAUCCAGUACAGCUCUGUGCUCUUUGUGGCUUGGUUCAUGGGAUUUGGAUAUGGCUUCGUGUUCACCUUCCUUUACUGGCACCUGGAAGACCUGAAUGGCACGACCACUCUCUUCGGAGUUUGUUCUGUGCUUAGCCACGUGUCUGAGCUCACUGCCUACUUCUUCAGUCACAAGCUGAUCGAAUUGGUUGGUCAUAUCAGAGUGCUCUAUAUUGGCCUGGCCUGCAAUACAGCUCGCUACAUUUACAUCUCAUAUCUGGAAAAUGCCUGGACUGUUCUCCCUAUGGAAGUACUUCAAGGUGUGACCCACGCAGCCAUCUGGGCCGCCUGUAUUUCGUACCUGAGCGCGGCGGUGCCGCCGGAGCUGCGCACGUCGGCCCAGGGCAUCCUGCAGGGGCUGCACUUGGGCCUGGGCAGAGGCUGCGGAGCCAUGGUCGGCGGCGUUCUGGUCAACUACUUUGGUCCUGCUGCGACAUUCAGGGGAAUAGGAAUGGCUUGUUUAGUGAUUCUUCUUCUGUUUGCACUGAUCCAGUGGCUGUUGGUUCCUGAUGAAGAAGAAGAAAAGACGAUGCUGGCAGAGAGGAUCCCGGUGCCUUCCAGUCCUGUUCCGAUAGCAACUAUUGACCUGGUCCAGCAGCAGUCGGAAGAUAUCAUGCCUCGGGCUGAGCCCAGGCUCCCUCUGAAGAAAACCAAGCACCAAGAGGAACAGGAGGACGUGAACAAGCCUGCCUGGGGGAUCAGCUCUUCUCCUUGGGUCACCUUAGCUUAUGCCAUCUGCCAGAUAAAAGAGCUGGUUAAGCUAUCCAAAACCAGCCCAGCUCCCGAGAAUCAGCCUUUGCAGUUAGGAAAAGAGAUGGAAGUGAGAAUCGCGGUGCUUCGCCAGGCGGCUCCCCAGGACAACCCCAAAACGCGACAGAUCCUGGGCGGUCCAGCUCAGCGCCAGCAGCAGCAGCGGAUCCCCAAGCAGGGGACGGCCGUGUCAGGCCGGACCGUGACGCUCGGCCCGCCGCGGGAGGGCCCUGAGCGCCGCUCGUCUUACCCAAGCCAGUGCAUGGAAUUGUGCUUCUCAUCUGGGAAACGCCGGAGUUAG